ACUAAAAUAACUGAUACGACGUCUGUUGUUCUCUAUGCAGCAGCGAAAUCUGGCGCUUCGUUUUUCUCAUUAUGAGCAACAACUCAGAUAAUCCCUUGCGUGGAAGAGAGGCGCGUGGAUGAUGAUCAGUAAACCGGUGGGGUGUGCAUCAGGGUGGCACUAGUUCUAAGCUACAGUCACAAACUCACGAGGAUAUUUUUGUAUUGAGUGAUAGGAAAAAUGACGAAGAUGCUCACACACCAAAUGCGAAGAUUUAGAAGAUGAGGGUACCAAGCGAUGCGGUCCUUUGCUGUCGCAUCCCGUUUUGACAUGAUGAGGUGUGCCCACGGGGGGAGUCAUCAUCAUGAAAGAGAAAAGAAUACCGUCUCUCGCUAGCUAAUCGAACCACGGGAGUGCCAGAAUGAGCAGCGCUUGUAAACCAGAAACGACAGAUCAGAAGAGGAGAUUGCAACAUUUCCAGUCUGAAUUGGCCAUUUUAGGAUCUUUACAGGGCUUCAGAUACUUCCAGCCUUGGCUGAGAGGGAAAGAGGAGUUGCUGCUUACAAUAGUCAACGAGGACCAGGACUGUCAGUCUCCUGGCUUCCCGGUCUCCGCUGCCUCCUCCUCCUCAUCCUCCAUGGGUGACAGCUCCAGCAGCUACAGCUUUGGCAGCGACUACGACAGCUCCCCUCUGCCCGGGGAGAAGCCCACUCUCAGGGGCGACGCAGCAGCCAGGACCAGGCAGCAGCAGCAGCAGCAGCAGCAGCACAGGGAUGUGGAGAAGAAACUACAUCAGCAACAACAACAGGAGCAGCAGGAGAAGACAAGGAGCAGCGAAUCCCAUCUCCUUCCUGCCUCGCCCAGUGAGAGAGAGAUUGCUGUGCCUGAAAUGAACUGUACUCUGUUUCUGUUGGCGGGCUACGCCAAAUACGGGCGUCCAUAUGCCUGGAUACGGUCCAAUCACGAACGCCUGGUCAACAUCGGAGGAACCGACUCCAUGGUCAAAGACACGCCCAUGAAGCUGAAGUCUGUCUCCGACUGGUGCUCACAAGAUGUGCACGUGUGGGACAUGGUGAGCGAGGUGGUGGGGCUGUGCACCAUGCCCCCCCCUGACAACCCCUUCUCGUUGGACACGCGCUACCUCCAGACGCUGCCUCUCCCCGACCGCUUCCUGGUCACCGGGGCCCUGCUGGGCUUUCUGGAAGCCCUGGCGGUGCAGGGGAACCAGGCCGAGGUGUACUACGAUAAGGUGGUGGUGGAGAUGAAGUGGCUGAGGCGUCUCCACGUCCACAGCCUGUGUGACGUGCUGCAGCUUCAGGGAAAUGUGAAGCGAAGCCCCCCCGCACCCGAGGACUCCUCUUGGGAGGAAACGCCGCAGUGACACUCUGAGACUCGUCUUGCCAUCAUUGUCAUCGUUUGUUUAUUUUUACAGUGAUCCCCACCACUCUCUCUUACGGUAAAUGUGUAAUCGUUUACUAAGUAGCCUGGCGGGGACUUACCGAAGAGGUCAAAGUGCUGUAUGUGUUCAAAUUCUUCAGAAAACAUGAAACAAUCUUGUGUAAAAGGUGCUAAUUAUGAUGAUCUUUCUGUAAUCGCCUGUCUUGAUUAUUUUGUGCGUGCAAUAAAGCUCUCGCUCUGGAGAGGUGUGUAAAAUAA